AUGUCUUUGUCGGAAGCUGUCGUUGUUGACAUUGUGCCCGAGCGGGAGCGAACCGAGGGCGAUCGAGGUGAACCAUCAAAGACGAGUAAGGCCAAAGGUGGGGGAGAGCACCGCGAUCCAGGGGACGCAAAAGAGCGCAACGAGAGUUCAACUCUGACAGCCCUGCAGCUUUACGAGGAGGUGAAGCGCGGGAAGGCUGGGGACCUCGAGGAGGAGGGCCUGAGCGGCGGCGAGACUAUCGAGUCUCAUACGGCGCUGGAGUGGCCAGCGUCUAAGCAAAGUGCAAGUCAUUCUGCUAAGGAGCCUGCGAGGACCAAAAGGCGUUCUGCAGCUUGGCGGAGUACGCGUGCGUGUCGCGGAGGACAUGCACACUCGGGGCAUUCUGCAGCUUGGCAGAGUGCGCGUGCGUGUCGCGGAGGACAUGCACAUCCGGCAAACACUUCGCACAGCAGGCUCGCUGGUGUACUUGCUCAGAGGGGCAAGACACUAAGUGCUGGUGCGGGGAAAAAUGCGGACAUUGGGAGCAAGGCACAGGGACGAUCGAGCGCGAAGGCACGACGGACCACGCGAAAGGCUAUGCGGACUAGGAGCGACUCGGCGCGCGACGAGGGCGUCUACGCGACCCCGAUUCCGAAUCUACCCCUCCUCCCGCCCCUAUCCCUUCUUCUUCCCAAACUACCCGGCCGCCCCCCCUCGUCGUCGUCCCUCCGCCUCGCCCGCGAGCUGGACGUGGAGGCCCUCAUCGCCGCGGCCGUGGGCUUCCCCGUGGACUCCCUCGCGGAGGAGGAGAUCGAGGCGUCCGUCGUCCCCGCCCUGGGCGGCGCCGCCCAGUCGAACUACAUCGUGGUCCGCAACCACAUCGUCGCGCGGUGGCGGUCCAACCCCUCCGCGUGGGUCACCGAGUCGCAGGCGCUCGAGUCCAUCCGCGCCGAGCACCGCGCCCUCGUCGCCGCCGCCUACGCCUUCCUCCUCGACCACGCCUACAUCAACUUCGGCCUCGCCCCCGCCGUCCUCUCCGCCCCGCCCCGCCGCGCCCCCUCGCUCCCGCCCCCCUCCGUCCUCGUCGUCGGCGCCGGCCUCGCCGGCCUGGCCGCGGCGCGCCACCUCCUCUCGCUCGGCUUCAAGGUCGCCGUCCUGGAGGGCCGCCGCCGCCCCGGGGGCCGCGUAUUCACCAAGCGGAUGGCCUCGUCCGCCGCCGAGUACCCCGACGUCGCCGCCGCCGCCGACCUCGGGGGCAGCGUGCUCACCGGGAUCAACGGCAACCCCUUGGGCGUGCUCGCGCGGCAGCUCGGGUUCCCCCUCCACAAGGUGCGCGACAAGUGCCCCCUCUACCUCCCCGACGGGCGCCCCGUCGACCCCGUCGUGGACUCCCGCAUCGAGGCCGCGUUCAACGAGCUCCUCGACAAGGUGUGCCGCCUCCGCCAAGCCGUCGCCGACGAGCUCCGGUCCGUCGACGCCUCCCUCGGCGACGCCCUCGAGGCCUUCCGCGCCGCCUACGGCGUCGCCGCCUCCCGCGAGGAGCGGAUGCUCCUGGACUGGCACCUCGCGAACCUGGAGUACGCCAACGCCGCCCUCCUCUCCGACCUCUCCAUGGCCUUCUGGGACCAGGACGACCCCUACGAGAUGGGCGGCGACCACUGCUUCAUCCCCGGCGGCAACGCCCGCUUCGUCCGCGCCCUCGCCCAGGACGUGCCCGUCUUCUACGGCCGCACCGUCACCAGAGUCCGCUACGCCGGCGACGGCGUCCUGCUGCAGGCCGGCCGCCAGCUCUUCCGCGCCGACAUGGCCCUCUGCACCGUCCCCCUCGGCGUCCUCAAGAAGGGCCGCAUCCACUUCUCCCCGCCGCUCCCUCCCCGAAAGCAGGCCGCCAUCCAGAGGCUCGGCUUCGGCCUCCUCAACAAGGUCGCCAUACUCUUCCCUUACGAUUUCUGGGACGGGAGCGUCGACACCUUCGGCCACCUCACGGACGACCCUAGCCAACGCGGCGAAUUCUUCCUCUUCUACAGCUACGCCUCCGUCUCCGGCGGCCCGCUCCUCGUCGCGCUGGUCGCCGGGGAGUCCGCCAUCCGCUUCGAGACCACUCCGCCCAUGGACAACGUCGACAAAGUGCUCCGAGUUCUCAGGAGAAUUUUCUCCCCCAAGGGAAUUGAAAUCCCCAAGCCACUCCAAGCUAUAUGCACUAGAUGGGGAACCGACAGAUUUGCCUACGGAUCGUAUUCGUACGUGGCCGUCGGGUCCUCGGGCGACGACUAUGACAUCUUGGCCGAGAGCGCGGGCGACGGACGGCUCUUCUUCGCAGGGGAGGCGACCAACAGGCGGUACCCUGCGACCAUGCACGGAGCCCUACUCAGCGGGUUUAGAGAGGCAGCUAAUAUCGCAAGGGCCGCGAGGAGGCGGGCCACGGGGUCGUCGGUAGCUGAGGGAACGUGUGUUAAGGACGACGUUAUGGAUUUGGAUGACCUCUUUCGAACUCCCGAUCUCUCUUUCGGCGCCUUCACGGUUCUCCACGAUCCUUCCUCUCCCGGCCCGGAUUCGACUUCCUUAUUGAGGGUGGGGAUAGGGGAGAGGAAGUUGGGGUCGGGUUCUCUUUUCCUUUAUGGGUUGAUUUCGAGGAAGCAUGCGGAGGAGUUGGCGGGCGCCGACGGAGAUGAUCGGCGGCUGAGCAUGUUGUACCGCAACUACGGGACGAAAUUAGCCGGGAGGAACGGUUUGGGUAGUCCAGGAGAGAGUCUUAUAGCACGUAUAAAAGCCACUAGGAGCGAUAGCAGCAAGUCGAGAACUGCGAAUGGAACUCAUAAUUCAUAGGAGAUUCAGUCCAAUUCUCAAUCAGAUUUAUUGAUUCAUUUGACUUGGUUUAAUGUUAUUGCUCGUGUAGGCAGGGGAUAGUUUCGUAAGUUCUGCUUGAUGAAGUAGGGGAAGUGACUGAAGAUGCGCUCGUUCACGGCAUAUCUGCCAUCCAUUCUUUGCUGCCUUUUUUAGUUGGGUAUUCGUCUAACCCUGGUGCAAUUGUCUUUCUUUAUAACAGUUUUCUGAUUCUGUAGAGUAUAGGUAAUCUCCUAAGGAGGUUUGACAUCUUACAAGACAUCUCUGUGAAAAUAAUUUAUAAACCUGAGAUUCAUCGGUCUAGAUAUUUAAGUAGGCUAAAUUAGCUAAUUAAGCUGAUUUGACUUUAGGAACUUGAGUUCUGAUGCAAGAAAUUUCGAGCAAAAUGUUAGUCAUUCUUUAGCAGAUAUUUUGUGUGAUAUUCUGGAAUUCAGUAAUUGCGUAGUGUGCCAUGCAUGUA